AUGGAAGAUAAACCGUACGUAACGUUUCACAAGAGAAAAAAAACAAGAGCGAAUGCAAAAGUGAGCAGAGAAAAAAUAAAGAAGAACUUUUUAAGAAAUGAGAAAUUCAUCCGAGUUUCAACGAGGAGUAAAAGCUCGACGAAGAAAACGUUUUUACAUACCCUGUUCAAAAGUUUUAUCAAGCCGUAUAAUGAGAAGAACACCGUGUUUUACUCCAUUCUGUGUAUAAUUAAUAAUAUCUACAAAUGCCACUACUUUUCGAAGCACCGCUGCUUGAUUUGCAAGCCGCUGCAUGAAAGGAGCGCGUCCGUAUUGCAGGGGGGAGGUGCUUACUAUGAUGGUUGCGACGGGGAGGACAGCGCGUCUGCGUCUGCCAGGGGUUCCCUCACCGCGUGCGCCAGUUUGUCCUCCACCGCGUCCACCACCGCGUCCACCACGGCAUCCACUACGGCGUCCACUACCGCUUCGUCAAUCGCUUCCUCCACCGCAUCCACCACCGCCACGGUGACCUUCCCCUACGACAUCUACUACAACUUGCGCAAAAUAAACUUGAUUGAGUCUGGCAAACUGAAGAGCAGCGUGAGUGGCGGUAAAUCGGAAGGGAGCCGCCAAUCGGGGGAGAAGGAAAGUUCAGAGGCAGAACCGAACAGAGGGGUGUUACCGGUGGAUGCAGCGAAAAGGAAGGUGGCGGAGGGGGGAAGUGAGAGUGGAAUUGAGGCCACACGUAGAGUAACAACUGAGGGGGUAAAUACCCCUGUUGGGGAAAGAAGCGCAAGGGAAUGCCCCCACCCAGAGAACAGACCCACUCAGCAAGUGGAUGGAGCAAAGGCGAAUGCCCCGAAUAACAGGACCAAACCAAGCGCAACGGCGGUGAGGAAAAACGUCUCCGUUACUGAUAAGGAAGUUUCGCCAAUCAGCGGACCGAUCCAGAAUUUCAUAAGUGCAAAGUUAAACCUGACGAAUGUGCAGCACUACUACUUCCUCUCACAUGAUAAGGAGCAGUUUGAAGAUCUCUACAAUUUCGAUGUGUUCCAAAAAAUAAAUAUAUUUGACAGAAUUUUACUUGACUUAAACCAAAAUGAAAUACACCCCAAUGUGUUAAGGACUGGAAUUUUUUUUAACAAAUAUUUUAACAACAGCCACAAUGAUAGAAAUGUGGAUUUGCUAACAGCAUUGAAGUCCUUUAUUAAGGACUACUCCCUCCCUCCCUAUGAGCCCAUUAAUAGGCAUAUGAAAAUUGUAAUAGACAAGGAGAUAAAUUACAUAAUAAUGUGCAAAAAACAUAGCAUCAGCAUGGGGGAAGUAAUCAGAUGGUUUAAAAAUAUGAUUGCGGAGCAUAUAGGAAAGAAUAUUCUAGAGCAGACCAAGGUGAUAAUUACCAACAAUAUUAAUAAUUAUAUAAGAACCAAAAUUGUUAUUCCAUCGAUUCACAUUUCUAACUACGUGGCGGAGCACAUCAUUUCUCAGAAUGACAUUUUGCUAAUCUACACCUUUGACUAUGAUGUAUAUUUGUCUAUAGUAAAGGCGAAGAGAAGUGGAAAACAGUUUGAAAUAAUUUUGGUCGACUCGGAACCUUAUAAAAAUUCGAAUGAUAUUAAAUUGUAUACCAAACUUGGGAUCCCAGUUACGUACACAUUAAUUGGGGCCCUUUUUUAUAAUAUAAAGAAUUGCACCAAAGUGCUUCUAGGGAUCGAUGCCAUUAUACAUAACAGCGUUUAUGCCUACGUGGGUACCAGCAUCAUAUGCAUGAUGGCUCACCUUAGCAAUGUGCUGGUGUAUAUCGCUUGUGAGACCUACAAAAUUAGCAACAAGAUUAUCAUUGACAGCUUUAGCAUAAAUAAUAUUAACAACAAUUUGGACAUUUACGAUUACAUAUACAUGCACCACCACCCGCACCACAGACACCACAGCCACUACGACCACUACCGGCAUCGGCAGAAGCAGCAGGGGCAGCAUCAGGCGCAGCAUCAAUCGCAUCCACCGCAGCAUGCGGCCGCCCAGAGAAGCGCCCCCAAAAGGAACAAGUGCCUGGACCAUGGGGUCAUCUUUAACCGGAAGUUAAACACCUUCAUAAAUUCCUACGCUGACAUAAGCUCCAACGCCGUCCUUUUUAAUAAUCGCAAAACUGGCACAGGAGGCGGGCCGCCCAGCAAGCCCAUUAUCAAGUAUUUCGCCGUAGAAGCAAGGAAAAAACGGCCAGGUGCUUUUUCCCCCCCGAGUAGGCGAUCAAACCGCGGGCAGGAAAAGUUCUACCCAUCAGAAGUAGCGCCACCUCCCUCCAUUCAUGGCAGCCCAAACGGGAUUCUUCUCAAAGGGGAUUUUAAAACAAAUUGUCAACCAAGUGAAUCGGAGGAUCACCCCGGGGGCAGCCAUCCAGAAGUCCCCAAAACGAAGAGCGAUUCCUCCCCGAGUAGCUGCAAUGCAUUUCUCAAAUGUGUAGACGCUACACGCAGCGGAGGGGACGCCUCCACAUUGUUCCCCAAGCACGACGAGCCGAGUAGAGAAACUCCCAUUCAGACGAAGCAGGAAUGCCCCCACGAGGGGGAAGAAGCAAGUACCAGUUGGAAGAGCCAAGUUGCCGGAAGGGGGCCCGGGAAAGAAGUCAAAAUAGUUACCACCGCAAGUGUACUUACAACGAGAAGUACAAGCAAGGUAGGAUCCACCAAGGGGAUACUGAAACCGCCCGGAAGAACAUCCAACGAAAAUAAAAAUGAAAAAAGUAACUCCCUUAUAAGUGGUAAGCAGAAUUGUGGAAACGUCCCCAGUGACGGUAAAAAUGCUGUUAAAAAGAAUAGAGUUUUUUUUAACCUUAAAAAUGACAAAAGUAGUUACCCCCCCAGUUUUAACAGCCACGUUGGUGCCCCUUCGAAUAACUUGAGCGCGCACAUUGAAUCCUGCGAAAGUGACGAAGAAAAAAUAUGCUGCAACAGCAUUUGUGAUUCUAUUUGUACCUCCAUUGGAAAUAUGAACAUAAAGAAUGUCUGCACAGAUACUCAUAACGAGACGAACCUUUUCAGCUCCGUCCAGUCGCACAUCAGCAAAAUUAAUUCCACCACGGACAAGUCUUUUUACGUUGCCAACAUAUGCAAUGACGUCACUCCGCUGAAGCACAUCAGCUAUAUCGUCACGGAGGUGGGCUUGUACACCAGCGCAAACAGGAACGCCCUAAGGGUGUUCGUCCAGAAUAACGUCUAG